GCAACCUUAAACAAACGGUACAUUUAAAAAAAAGGUUCUAAAAAAAUUGCACUUUUUUUACAGAUUGUUUGCGUUUGUUUUUUUUUACUGCGAAAAAGACAAAAUCCUUAGCAGGAUGGCCUUAAAAAUAGAUGAAAUCAUGGACUUGUCCUUGGAUGAUUACAUUGCCAUUUCGAAAAAGUCCACAAACAAUAAUGCCGUUACAAACCACAGCAACAACAACAACAAUAAUCAUGAAAUGAACAACAAGCUCAAUGAUGCGAAGUUUGGUCGCCGAAAAGGCAAUAUAGACGACGAGGAGGAAGAUGAAGAUGAACUUUUGAUUACAACAACUAAGGAAGAGUUAAAUGAGGAUGUGGUUAUAGAGGAAAUUGACACGGGUAUUUGGAAAGGUCCCGAUUCUUCUAUAUCCUAUUUAGAUUGCAAUUCUCAGCAAAAUGAUCUAAGGGAUAAACUAAAUAGCAGUAAUAAUAGAAAUGGCAAUCUACAAGUCAGCUCGGUGCAAUAUCGCAUGAUGGCACCCAACAAUGCGGCCAAUAGACCACGUGGUAUUCCUACACUACUGCCAUUAGAUGUGCAGGUGAAUAAUAACAGAAACUGGAUAAACUAUAGAAACAAUAGAAAAGGUAAUCGUGGAGGAAAUCGUGGUUACAAUAAUUUUCGCAGAGGAUUUAAUAAUAAUGGUGGUGGUAACAACUUUAAUGAAUCCAAUGUUAGUUCUGGUGUGGGAGGUGUUAUUAAUGGUCGUGUUCAAAGGAAUCGUAAACAGGAUUUUGAAAGCAAAAAUCUUCGUUUCUCUGUGGGCAGAAACAAUAACAACAACAGCCCUAAUCAAAAUUCUAACACUGGCAUACAUAAGCCAGCACAAAACAUGAUUAUUGAAACUCCCAGUAAUUAUAUAAAUCUAGUACCCAGUCCACCAUUAAAUUCUAGUUUUAAGAUUCCCCAACAUUCAACACCUGAACGCAGUAAUAACACUAGUGGUGGCUCACAAUCAUUUCCAAUUGGCAAUUUAACUCCUCAAGCUGAAGCAGCUUUAAAUUUAAAUUCAAGUGUUAUACAAAACUCAACAGCUGUAUCACCUACUGGUAGCAGUAAUGAAAGUCUGAAGAGUUUGUUGGGUUUCCAGGGAAAUGUUUCGGGUGAAAUGAUGCCAGUCUUUGCUUCGCGUUUAAUGGAUUUCCUUCAAAGUGGUUUACAGAAUCCAGCCGUUCAUAAACCGGUGUAUGAUAUGAAAAUUCAAAAGGAUAUACAUGAAAUACAGAAAAAACCUUUACUUUAUAAAUGCCCUGGCGGUGAAGUUGUUAGUUCUGAUGGUGCUGGUGUAAAUUGCAAAAUUAUACCACGUACUAGUGGUGUAUCAUUAAAUUGUCGCUUUGCUUAAUGUAACUAACGUCUUAUGUUUAAAAGUUUUGAUACUCGAAUGAAUUUCUUAUUUUAUUAUUUUCUUAACUUUAUGAAGAUUUUUGUUUAUGAACAAAAUGUUUUUUAUUAUAUAAAUGCUCGAUGCAUUUUAAAGUAUAAUUUUAAAAAAUAUAACUGUAAGAAAUACAAUUGAAUUGAAUUUCUAUUUAAUUUUAUCAUUAAAAUAUUUUUUUUUUUAAUUCUUAAAUAAAUGCC